AUGGCAGACGCAUUAUUUGGUUGGGAUUUAACUUUUAAGACCGUGGAGAAAGACAUAAAACGCAAAUCUGAUGUUAUCAUUGCAUUUGUUCAUUGGAACCUAACGAAGAAGGGAUUUAAGAGUAUUGGAAUUGGAGAUGAGAGGACAUUAUCUGGAGAUGAAGAAAAAAGUGAACUGUUACCAACUGGCUGGAAUGAUAAGGAAAAUUAUGCCCUGCGAUAUGUUCUCAAUAACAAACUAUUUAUUCUGCAUGGAUUGAGUACUGAUGGCAAUCUCAUCAUCAAUCUCAUGAGAUCAGAAGAUUUGGCAGUGUCCAAUAUAGCUAUAAAGAUAGAAGAGACUGUGAAGGAUUUAUGUGGUCCUAUUGAUAAGAUUAUGCCCAAUCAUAAGGAGUUAAUAUACAAUGUGAAGCGGGAUUUAAUUGACAUAGUCACGGAAAGAUCAACUUCUAAUACUGAAACUCAAACUUCAAGGAGUGAAUCAACUACAAGGAGGCCACCAGAAGAUCCACUAAGGGUUCCACCCCGGCCUAUGCCUGGUGUGAACCCCGACACCCCAGACCUAUGGGGAAUGCCACCACCCCGUCUGUCAAACAUUGGCAGUUCUGACCUGGAUCCGUUUGCGCCUGGCGGUGGCGGCAUGCUAUUCAACCCUUUUGAGCCUCGCCGAGACCUUGAGAAUCCUGGUCUGGGUAUACCUGGCGGCUUACCAAGAGGGGCUGUACCACCGGGAGCUCGUUUUGAUCCCUUCGGUCCACCUGGCGGUCCCAUGCCUGGUCGCCGGCCAGCACCGCCUGAUGCAGAUCACCUACCGCCUCCCGGCUUCAAUGACAACAUGUUCAUGUAG